AUGAUCUUCGAACCGGCGGAAAGAAUUCUGCUUCCAACAAAGGACUUGUUGUCCUAUGUCUUUGACGAACCGGGAUACGAUCAAAACCAGCCAAUCUACAUCGACGUCAGCAACCCCACCCGCUCAAUCUCCUGCAAUCAGGCGCGAAAGCUCGUUCGUCAGCUCAUCGCCGGUUUACGGGCAUCGGGUCUUCAAAAAGGCGAUUGCGUUCUUAUUCAUUCUUUCAAUGAUAUAAGCUACAGCAUUCUUGUCCUGGCCAUUAUUGGAGCUGGAGGAAUUUUCACCGGGUCAAACCCAUCUUACACUUCACAUGAGCUCGCGCACCAUAUCCGGGCUUCCGAAAGCAAGUUCUUUUUCUCCGAGCCCGAGAUCUUAGAUUCUCUCCUACGCGCAACAGGGGAGGUAAAUGUGCCCGAACAAAAUCUUUGGGUUUUUGACAAUCUGGGACAAACUGUUCCGGGUGGAAUGAGAUCAUGGAAACAGCUAUUAGAAGUUGGCGAGGAGGAUUGGGUGCGAUUCAACGAUCUAGAAACCUGCCAACAGACUACUGCGGCGAGACUGUUUAGCAGUGGUACCACUGGUCUGCCCAAAGCUGUGACAAUCACACACCACAAUCUCAUCGCACAGCAUGAGGUUGUUUACGGCGUGAAUCCGCGUCCUUACUCUAUUUCGCGGAUCGUUGCAGUGCCCGUCUUUCAUGCGGCUGUAGCUCCAUUAACGCAUAUUUCGACAGUGAAAGAUGGCGCAGUCGUAUAUAUGAUGCGCCGCUUCGAUCUCGAGACUUACCUCGCCACAGUCGAAAAGUACAACAUUACCGAUCUUAGUCUGGUCCCACCCCUCGUAAUCGGAAUUUUGAUGUCACCUCUUUCUCAAAAGAGACCUUAUCUGCAAAAGACCCGAUUAGCAGGUUGUGGAGCGGCUCCUUUGGAUAAGAAUGUCCAAGCUAGGUUCCGCGCACUGAUGGGAACCAAUAGCCCAUUCACUCAGGUAUGGGGAAUGACUGAAACAUGCUGCAUUGCUACCAGGUUUCCCUACCCCGAGCACGAUGAUACGGGCUCUGUUGGCCGGCUUGUCCCAAAUCUUGAAGCUAAACUCAUCGAUGAAAAUGGAGAGAACAUCUCAGCCUUUGGUGUCCGUGGCGAGAUAUGUGUUCGGGGUCCCACAGUGACACCGGGAUACUUCAAUAAUCCCGCGGCGAACGCCGACUCCUUUGAUUCUGAGGGCUGGUUCAAAACGGGCGAUGUAGCCUAUUGUGACCAGAGGACUCGCAAAUGGUAUAUUGUGGAUCGAAGGAAGGAGCUGAUCAAAGUUCGCGGUUUCCAGGUCGCCCCACCGGAGCUUGAGGCGGCGCUCUUGUCACAUCCCCAGAUUGUGGAUGCAGCUGUCAUUGGAAUCACCUUCCUUGGUACCGAUCUUGAAUACCCGCGUGCUUAUGUGGUUCGACGGCCCGGCGAUGAAGGGUCUAAGCUCACAGAAGCUGAGAUUCAAAAAUAUGUCUUGACUCGCGUUGCGAAGUACAAAGCCCUCACAGGUGGCGUGAAGUUUGUCGGCGCAGUUGCACGGAAUCCGAGUGGAAAGAUCUUGAAGAGAGUAUUGCGCGAAGAUGCCAAGAAGGAAAUUCAGGAUGGGCUUUUGAAGCCUAAGCUUUAA